UAUAUUACCCGAAAAUAUUUCCGUAUUUCUGAUGCCAUUGAAGUUCUCGUUUGAUAUGAGGUCAGCAUCAAAUAUCAUAGAAGCUGCAAAUGAACCCGAUUUGGACACCGAUCCGGAAAGAGCACAAUAUGUGCGAUCCAUACCCGACGCCCUACUAUUCAAUGGCCUACUAAUGCAACACUACUUCAUAUCAACGAAAUUCCUAUCAAAAGUCAAUGACUUUGAAAUACAGGGGACAGACAUAUGGCUGGCCACGUAUCCCAAGUCAGGUAUGACGUGGACGGCGGAGAUACUGUCCCUCGUGUGCAAUGACGGGAAUAUAGACAAUGUUAAAGAUGUAUAUCUACCGAAACGUGUCAAACACUUCGAGAUGGGUAGCCCUACCGGUCCCACGGGAUUCUUGGGUCCCGAACGGCUACUAUCAACCCAUUUGCCCGCGACUCACAUCCCUAUUCAGUUAAAGCAACUGAAAUGCAAGAUAAUUUAUGUGGUGCGUAAUCCAAAAGACACGUGCGUGUCCUACUACCAUUUCCAUCGCAUGACCUCGUACCUGGGUAAGUAUUCAGGCACGUGGGACCAAUUUACCAAGCUAUUCCUGGCCGGGCACCUGGUCUACGGGGACUGGCUGUCCCACGUGGAGGGCUAUUGGCGUUUACAGCGCCAGAACCCCCGCAAUGUACUGAUAAUAUCGUACGAAGAGCUUAAGACACGUCUACCGGAAACGAUCGCAAGGGUCGGCCAUUUUGUGGGCAAGACUUUCACGGCUGACGUCAUCGAGAAAAUGGCGAAUCACUGCUCGUUCGCUGAGAUGAGCGCCAAUCAGAUGGUGAACCGGGAGGUGUCGGUGGAUACCCAGGUGUUUGAUAUGAGCGAGACUAAGUUCAUGCGUAAAGGCAUUAUUGGUGACUGGAAGUCCAUGUUUAAUGCAAAACAGUGCAAACAGUUUGAUGACAAGUAUAACAGACGUCUCGAGGAACUGGAUAUUAAACUUGAUUAUAAUUUAUAAUAUGAAUGGUUAAAGUGGUGUAAAAGUCCUGUAAUAACAUCUGUGAGAUUUCCC